AUGACCACCGAGAGCGGGCAGCAGCCGCAGCAGCAACAGCAGCAGCAACAGCAGCAGCAACAGCAGCAGCAACGUCUGCCGCCCCCGCCUGCCCCUCUCCAGCGUCCUUGCAGCCCGGCCCCCGGUGCGCUCCAGUCAGUCUUGAUGAGCCAGCCACCCCCUUCCUCCUCUUCCUCCGCCGCUGCUGCUGCCGCCCUGGAGACCACCUCUUCUUCCUCUUCUUCCUCCGCGUCCUCCGCCUCUUCUUCAUCUUCCUCGUCCUCCAGUGCUUCCUCCGCAGCUUGCAAGAACGCCAGCGGCGGCGGGGGCAGCAGUGGGAGCGGUGGAGGCGGAGGGGGUGGCGGGGGAGGGGGGGGCAGCGGCAGCGGCAGCAAGAAGGCCAGCUCAGGGCUGCGUCGUCCGGAGAAGCCCCCGUACUCGUACAUAGCCCUCAUCGUCAUGGCUAUCCAGAGCUCUCCCAGCAAGCGACUCACGCUCAGCGAGAUCUACCAGUUCCUGCAGGCUCGCUUCCCUUUCUUCCGCGGAGCCUACCAGGGCUGGAAGAAUUCUGUGCGCCACAACCUCUCGCUCAAUGAGUGUUUCAUCAAGCUCCCCAAGGGGUUGGGCCGCCCGGGAAAGGGCCACUAUUGGACCAUCGACCCAGCUAGCGAGUUCAUGUUCGAGGAGGGCUCAUUCCGCCGCCGGCCUCGGGGUUUCAGGCGGAAGUGCCAGGCGCUCAAGCCCAUGUACCACCGAAUGGUCAGCGGGCUGGGUUUUGGAGCUUCGCUCUUGCCGCAGGGCUUCGAUUUCCAGGGCCCCCCCUCGGCUCCGCUCGGAUGCCAUGGCCAGGGUGGCUACGGCGGCCUCGACAUGAUGCCGGGAGGCUACGAUUCCAGCGCCGGCGCUCCGGGACACUCCCACCCUCACCACCAUCACCACCAUGUCCCCCAUAUGUCGCCCAACCCGGGCUCAACCUAUAUGGCCAGCUGCCCGGUCACCACGGGCGCUGGAGUUGGGGCGGCCGGAGGAGGAGGUGGUGGAGGAGGAGGAGGAGGAGCAGGAGGGGGAGGAGAGUACGGACCGGACAGCAGUAGCAGCCCCGUGCCCUCGUCGCCUGCCAUGGCUAGUGCCAUAGAGUGCCACUCGCCCUACACUAGCCCCGCGGCUCACUGGAGCCCUCCUGGUUCUUCACCUUACCUCAAGCAGCCGCCUGCCCUGACUCCCAGCAGCAACCCGGCCGCCCCCGCCGGACUCCACUCCAGCAUGUCCUCCUACUCCCUGGAGCAGAGCUACCUGCACCAAAACGCCCGCGAAGACCUCUCAGUGGGACUGCCUCGCUAUCAGCAUCACUCUACCCCAGUGUGUGACAGGAAAGAUUUCGUCCUCAAUUUCAACGGCAUUUCUUCUUUUCAUCCUUCGGCUAGUGGAUCAUACUAUCACCACCAUCACCAUCAAAGUGUCUGUCAGGACAUUAAGCCCUGUGUCAUGUGA